AUGAAUCACCUUCCGCAAGCUUGGGGCCGUCCUAGAGACGAUGUUUAUGGUGCAUAUGAUGCUUCAUAUCUUCAACAAAAUGGACCAAAUCAACACACUCAAUCACCCAUCGUCACUGGUACAUCGGUUGUGGCGUUAAAGUUUAAAGAUGGUGUCGUAAUCGCAGCAGAUAACUUGGCAUCAUAUGGUUCUCUCGCACGAUUCACAGACGUAAAACGUCUUCGAAAGUUCGCAGAUACAUCCGUUGUUGGAUUUGGUGGCGACGUAUCAGAUAUGCAAUACCUGGACCGCCUUCUCCAGUCCCUCGAUACCGAAGAAGCAUACGGCGCAUCAGGUCACACCCUCAAUGCUCAUAAUCUCCACAAAUAUCUCUCCAAAGUCCUUUACAAGCGUCGAUCCGAUUUCAAUCCCUUAUGGAACACUUUACUGGUUGCAGGAUUGGAUGAACAUGAUAAACCUUUCUUGGCGAGCGCCGAUUUAUUGGGCACCACAUUCUCUUCUCCAAGUUUGGCUACUGGAUUCGGUGCGCAUUUGGCUCAGCCGUUGUUAAGAAAGGUUGCACCAGAUGAGGAGGCUGCUGCGAAGUUGACCAAAGAAGUGGCUUUAGAGGCAGUUAAAGAGAGCAUGAAGGUCUUGUUUUACAGAGAUGCUAGGAGUAUGGACAAGUAUUCGAUUGCGGUUAUCACAAAGGAGGGUAUCGAUUUGAAGGAGAACGAAGAAUUGGAGAAGCAAAGUUGGGCUUUCGCUGAACAAAUUCGGGGAUACGGGACCCAGGUCAACUAA